AAGGGAUCGGCAGUCUUCAGUCCAUUUCAUCCUCUGUCUCUCUCUAUCAUUUCUUUGUGAAAAUCCGAAGAUCUCUGAAGCGAAUCGAAGAGAAAUCGCUGUGCUCCUCCACAGCCAACAAGAGGAUGGGCGACGCUGCUGAUGGAGAGAUGGUUUGGAGAGUUUGCCUGAGCCCUUGCUACCGCGAGAGCAGGUCAAGCGGCAUUAGCAUGUAUGUCUGGAAGGAGUUUAAAAACGCAGGGGAGCUCAUUUUCUCAAAAAAGGAGCAUAUUAAAGGAGAGAAGAGUUACUUGUCCGGAUCCUCGGACACAUUUUUAAUGCUGUUGCGAAGGAAGGGAGUGACUACAGACGGUGUGCUGCUGUUUUUUUUAUUUUCCUUUAAGUCUCUGGAAUGUGGACCCAGGCUCAACAUCUUUCUAAAGGCCACCCAACGGCACUUGUCCGUGAUGGAAGUCACCGGCGACGAGAUGCUCGGCGAUCCCGUCGCCCCUCAGGACUCCUUGCGCCCUGCUGAUGAGGUAAGCUGGUUGGAAUCUGCACCCAGGACCCAUUUCCAUUCACUCUUUUUGAUCUUAAGUUUGUUUGGAAUCUGCACAUUUUUUGUUUUGGUAGGAGUACAUCUGAAUUUUCUGUGCUUGAUGAGAGCCUCAGUCUAAUUCUGUUCACUGUUAGUAGACAUUCUGUGUUUGUGAAUUUACAAGUAUCCAAGUUCAUUGUCAGUAGACAUCUCUGAAUUACAUAAGCAACUUGCUUGUAAGUGGUCAGUCCUCAUGUAGUACUACCGUGCAAGUAAUCUGCACCUGUUUGUUUUUGCGUGCACGUAUAUAUGAUGUUGCUACGGAAUUUCUAAUGCCAGUUUUUGAAACAUAUAUGGUGCCCCGACCCAUUCCCUGUUGUAUGUAUGUUUUUGGUGGCAUGAGGAUGCCACUGCUGCUAUUUUUUCAAUGUUUGAGUUAACUGAUGCAUACAGUUGAACAAGGCUGUGUUUGAUUUCAUUCAGGUUGGUUUUAGUGAGGUGGUUUUUUUGAUGUUUUUUGUAUAUGAAUACUUGAAAA